GUCAACAUAGAAAGCAAAGUUAGACCAUCUCAGCGACUGGCUCCAGUCCACUAUAAAGUAAGGUUAAGGGAACGAGGUUAGGUUAAUCCGACCGACUGGCGCCAACCGGACCAGGAAAGAGAAACGCGCGUGCGCAAGAUCCACGUGGGUUCAGGGCGAUUGGCCAAAGCCAGCAGCGAGAGAGAACAUUGGUGGAAACCGGCGACGAUUGAGCGUGCGCCUGUGCGAGCCCCUGAUAGGCGAUAGCGAUUGGCCAAGGCCAACGGCGAAUCGGGGAGCAUUGCGGAAAAGAGGAUAACGUUCAAAAUCAUAGAGGAAGUUUUCAGUACUGGCAGCAAAUAUCGGAAUGUUCUUAUCGGGUCCCACUGGAAGAGGGUUGCUAAUACGAAAUCAAACUUUGGGCAAAAACUUCGGAUGCGUUGUGAAUUUUAGACACGCUGGGAACAUCGGAUAUAUUUAAACUUUAAUCAAUUAGAUUCCGAGACGAUUAUAUAUCACAGUCAUGGAGAAUACAAAGACGCCGAGCGUACAAAAUGUUUCUCACUUGGAACGACAGUUUCGUGAAAAGUUGUACGAAUUGCAAAACAACACGGAUACCUUACAGUUGAUGCAGAAAGAACUUUUGGAAACUCGUCACGCUUUAUACAGUACAAAAUUGCAGUUAGAGAAAGAACGUGGGGUCUCUCACGAGCUAAAAAUGCAGCUAAAAGCAGCUAUGGAUAGAGUGAACAAGUUAGAACAGCAGCGAGCAGAAAAUCAAAUCAAGUGCGUUCAAUUACAAGUCAAAUACGAUGCAAUGUCAAAACAAUACGAUUCUCUGAUGAAUCAAGCCUCAAACACGAAAAUGUGGGAAACUGAAUAUAAGAUGAAAGUUCGUAAUCUAGAAGAGAAUCUACGUCAAAAAGACGCAACCAAUGAGAGAUUGGGACAAAUGUUAAAGGAUCUUGAAUGUAAUAAUUUGCAUACUAUUAACGUGAUUGAUCACAACAUCGCAAAACUUGCACAAGAGCAUCGAUGGCUGGUGAAAUCUUGCGAGGCGAUUGUCAGUCUGAACCAACGUUUACAAACUGUAGGUCUGUGUACGUACGUGAUACAUGAAAAAGAUACGACAAAAAUUAACAAUUUGGAACGCAUGUUAGUCUCGCAGCCGCCGAUCGGAAAUGUAGCUUCUGGAAAUGUUUAUUCAAAAAAAUAAUAUAAUCUCCAGCUACAUGAAGG